AUGAUCUCCAUUCCUCUGUACAUCCCUCACACGCUGUUUGGCUGGAAUUUUGGAAAUGAAACCUGUGCAUUUUGGCUCAUUACUGACUAUCUUUUGUGUACAGCGUCUGUGAAUAACAUUGUCCUCAUCAGCUAUGAUCGGUAUCCGUCAGUCUCGAAAGCUGUGUCUUAUAGGGCUCAAAACACUGGGAUCUUGAAGAUUAUUACUCAGAUGGUGGCUGUUUGGGUGCUGGCCUUCUUAGUGAAUGGGCCAAUGAUUCUGAUUUCAGAGUCUUGGAGGAAUAACACUAAGGAAUGUGAACCUGGAUUUGUUUCACGAUGGUACUUCAUCACCUUCACAUCAUUCUUGGAAUUCCUGAUUCCUAUCAUCUUAGUGGUUUAUUUCAAUAUACAGAUUUACUGGCACCUAUGGAAGUGUGGGAAUCUCAGUAGGUGCCUCAGCCAUCCUGGGUUUACUUCUGCCUCUUCCACCUACUCUGGACACUCUUCCAGACAUGAACUAGAUUCACGGACAUCUCUGCCUGAACGGAAGGAAGCACCUGCAUCCCUUUGUUCAGAAAGACCAGGAGGAAAGAGCAGUCUCUUGUUUUCCUUAAGAACCCAUAUGAAUAGCAAUGUAAUUGCUUCCAAAGUAGGUUACCUCUCCCAUUCAGAUUCCAUAGCUCUUCACCAAAGGGAACAUCUUGAACUGCUCAGAGCCAGGAAAUUAGCGAAGUCACUGGCCAUUCUCAUAGAUGUUUUUACCGUUUGUUGGGCUCCAUAUUCUCUAUACACAGUUGUUCUUUCAACUUACUCCCAAGAGGAUCAGCCUAAAUCAGGUUGGUACAAAAUUGCAUUUUGGCUUCAGUGGUUCAAUUCCCUUGUUAAUCCUAUUUUGUAUCCCUGGUGCCACAAAUGUUUUCAGAAGGCUUUCUUGAAAAUAUUUUGUGUGAAAAAGCAAUCCAUACCAUCAUACAAUCAAUCAGUAUCCUCUUGA